GCAAUAACUUGCACUAAAACCACCAUGAGCAUCCAGCAUUCUACCUCCACGUCCAUGCCAGGCGCCUUCCCAAGGGCGGUUCGGUCGUCGUGCCGUCCCCGGAGGAAGAAUUCGGUCACUCAUUCCGUCGCUUCCAGUCGCAGAUCCUCUGUGGUCUCGCAUGGUGACAUAUCCUCCUCCUCCUCCUCUUCCAUCGCCGCCUCGCUCGCCCCCACUCGGCGGAGGAGACGGCGGUCGUCGACCUCCACGUUCGAGUCGUUCACCUCUUCGGAGGAAAAGAUCACUCUGUGGCUUCGGCUCUCGGCAUUCGUGCCAAUGAUGCUCGGGAUAAUCAUGAGCACGCUCUCUGUUCUCGUGAUCACGCUCGUUCCUUCAAUGGCACUGCCGCAGCCCCCGGCGCAUGGCCUUGAAGCGUAUGAGGACGAGAUCGUUCCCGAGUCCGCUACCCCCUCCAUGUUCAGCUCCUCCCUGUCCGUGGAGGUACCCGAGAUGUCCAACACUGGAUUCGCCUCGAGUAUCUCUAGCAGGAGGAACUGCAGACCGGAUAUCAGUAUCGGCGAAACAUUCUUGUCCUGCCUCCGAUACAAGCGAGCCAUUUUGCGGCUUGCGCGUCCUCUGAGUAUACGACACAAGUCGAAACUCAGUGUUUCAGCCAAAGCAGUCCCUCUCGUUGGCAACGAGAGGGGGCAGGUCUCACAAAAGGGGCCUGUGCUUCCGCGCAAGUCCUUGCUCCGCCUUCGUUCCAUCUUCCGGAUCAGGAGGGAAAGAAAGUCGUCGGACAAGGUCUCGUUUGUGGGUCGGUGAUAUGUCUUGCAUUGGCUCGACAACUCGUCCCAUUAUAUCAUGCUGUACUGUUCAUACCCUCCCUAUUCAUUUUUUUAUUGUCUCGGAUCAGUGGACAAUGGACAUAUUCUUGUGAAAUUAAAACAUUCUGGACAAUUUGUCGAGGAGACUCGAUGAGAAAGC